UAGUGUAAGUUUAAUUUUUACUACAGAGUUGAACCAAACUGGAAUUCACAUAGUUAGCACAGAUGAAAUGUCAUUGACGCUUUCAUGGGAGCUGAAUUCAGACAUACACGAAUCUCCAGUAAACGUCACAGUUGUUGAAAAUAAUGUCAAUGGUGGUGAGGAAUACACUUGUGUACUAGGACAGGCUAGAAAUGCAACCUGCGCUGAUCUCGUACCUGGAUGUAACUAUACCGUCAAAGUGGAUGACCUUAAAGGAACUGUUGAGAGCUCUAUGUUUACCUCGGCCUCUUUAGUUCCUGCUAGUCCUGGAAAAUUAAACACUAAUCUUUGUGGAGUUUUUGAGGCACCAGAUGUGACUCUUUGUUGGGGCCCAAGUGAAGGGUGUGUGGAUUAUUACUUUGUCAACGUUACACAGACAGGUGGUGAGGUAGUCUUUUCGACCCAAACAUCUGAAGGUGCGAAUUCCGCAACAGUUACCAAUUUGACAGCCGGAACAGAAUACAAUAUAACAAUCUUUGCACACAGUUUUAACAAAUCUAGUGCAUCAACAUUGGACACAUUUACAACGCAACCAAGUGAACCAAGUCGGCCACUAAAUUUCACAGUUGAAGUUCUAGGUAAAAAGGAAGUUAAGUUAAAUUGGGAAUCUCCUCUCUACCCAAAUGGGCUGAUUUCUGACUACACAGUGUGCUAUAGGUACAAGCACUAUGCGGACCAGUUAUACACAAAAACAAAUUGCACUUACAAAUCAGUGUCGGAAGUGACCAUGAUUGGAAACUACUUGGAUCUUAACUUGUCACUGCCUUUUGCAGGUACAUUUUAUACCUUUUCUAUUGCCGCUCUUAACGAAAUGUUCACAGGAAAAUCUGUAUUUGUUGACGCAAGAACUCACGAAUCAACACCCGGGCGUGUCACUGGACUGUACGCACAGGCAACUAACCUAACCAUUACCUUGAUAUGGUCACGUCCAGCUGUCCCGAAUGGAGAUAUCAUAAAGUAUGAGCUUCAGUGGAAAAAAGGGGAAAAUAUGAUGUGCUUAGUCGUCAUCAAAGCAGAUACACAUUCGACCAGGGUACCCCAUGGUGAAAGCUGUGGUUCGGAACUGCCUGAGCCAAUUGAUCUAAACCAAGUGGACGUGAACUACACCAUUACCGCGCUUGAACAUUUUAAAGACUAUGAUCUGUGGUUGAUGCCAUUUACAGCUGCAGGAGGAGGAGAUUUCAGUGAACUCAAACAACGAACAACUGAAACAAGCCCGGGCCCAGUGGGAAAUUUGACAAUACGCGAUAUUGGAUCAACCGCGAUAAACGUCACAUGGACGAUUCCUGAAAUCAACUCAGGCCCAACCAACUACACAGCGGUCGCUAGGAGCACGAUACCAGGACAGGAACACACUGCUCGGUGUGAAGUUGAAGAUUACACGAGCACUGGAUGUAAGAUAGAGAACCUCCGCGAAUUUUGGCAGUACCAGGUGAAGGUCAUUGCAGAAACCAAGGAAGGGAUCAGUGUAACAAAACUCUCUCAGCCUUUCUAUACCGAAGAAUCAACCCCAGGGACACCGACGUCAUUUCAAGUACAAGAUUUAAAAGAUCUGACAAACGCAUGUGACGCCAUAAACGUUUCCUGGAGCGAACCCAACCUCCUGGACAGACAUGCCAAUAUCACACAGUAUGUUGUACAAACGGUCCAUCAUAAUGACGAGGUGUUCACGUAUACCGUUGAUGACCCUAAACCAUUUUCCAGACACAACAGUCAGUUUUCAUUGGUGUAUGGAGGUCUCAAGGCUAAUCGGGCAUACCAGUUGCAGGUUAGACUAUUUAUUACUCAACUUAUUGGAAUGUAUUCCUUACCUAGCUUCUAA